GAGAGAUGAUGGAUAAGCACCCCGUUAUCAGUACACUUUGCUUGAGGUAAAAGUCCAGUUCAACAACUGGCAGGUUAAAGUGCAUCUGGCGCGCACAGUGUUUGUGUUGCUUUCAUUCAUUCAGCAGUUACUCAGAAGAGAAGAAGCUCACGUUGGAGUUAUACAUCUAUAUACAACCAGCUAUGGAUAUUUUAGAGACAGAUUCCAGAUACCGGAACUCAUCUGUGGCGACUGUGAGAAGCAUUAUUCUAAAGCUGCUGCCGUUCCUGAUUUCCUGCUACAAUUAUUUUGCUUUGUGGCUUCCGCUGACAGAGCCGGACUUGUUCCAUGCCAUUAUCAAGAGCCUGCCCAUCCUCUGCCUGGGCUUUUUCAUUGUGGUCCAUUCACUGAGCCUGGGAAGCUUCAGCCAGUACUCCAAGAAGAUUUUGGUGGGACUGAUGUUCUCGGCAGCUGGAGACAUCUGCUUGCUCUGGACAGAUUUCUUCCUCCACGGCAUGGUUAUGUUUGGUUUGGCCCACCUCAUGUACAUAAUUGCCUUUGGCUUCCGUCCUCUCAGACUGCAGUUAUUUAUUCUUAUAGCAUUACUCUGUGCCACCUUCUUCUUCUUCACUUUGCCCUACUUGCAUGGACCUUUUCUGUACAUGGUUCCUGGAUACUCGGCACUGAUUGGCACCAUGGCAUGGAGAGCUCUGGCCAGGGUCAGCCUGGCAUCCUACAAGUUUUCCUGGGCACACGUCUCUGCUGCACUCGGCUCCCUCAUUUUCGUGGUGUCAGACUGUUUCCUUGCGGUAGAUAAAUUCUGCUUCCCCAUAGCCGACUCCCGUGCAAUUGUGAUGGCCACCUAUUAUGGAGGACAGAUGUUUAUAGCGAACUCCAUAGCUGGUGGCUCGGAGGAUGACUUUUCAUGGAAGAAGAAAUGAACAGCAGCUCCUGCAGCCAGAAAUGAAGAGACUCUAUCAGUACCCAGGCUCAUGUUAGUUAGGAACGGGUUUACAGUAAUGCAGCCCUGGGCCUGGAAUCUCCAAACUGAGGGUAAAAAGCACAUUCAUCUUCUUGGUCAAACAUAAAACACUCCAGUUAGUGCUGAGCUGCAACUCCCAGCAUCCACUGUUAUCCUUUCACUGCCGGGACUGAUUUGGAUCCAGGAUUGCCAUCAGUAAUCAUUGGGUCUCAUACUACUAUAGUUGCAGGACCCUCCCCCCAGAGGGCCCCAGUUAUUGGCCCAUUGGUCACCUGGGUGGAGAACCCUGCCAACAAGUAAAAUGGGGCCUCAAUGAAAAACAAAACCCUCAAAUGGAUGGCCACACCCCUGAUCUGCCCCACCCACUGUCCUUUUAUGCCAAAAACAAGCCCAUGGUCCAUCCAAGCCAAGUCCACUAUCAGCGAGU